AUGGAAUCUGGGUCAGCUGUGGCUGCUUAGUGCACUUCUGCAUGGGAGAGUACAACGCCACAGCUUCAAAAAAACAAAAACAUUGCUCCCUCCCCUCCCUCUGGAGUAAAACAUACUGAAACUUUUUCUUCAGUUGUAUUUAAAUGAUUUAAAUAGGUUGGUUAUCGCAUGGAGAAACCCAACUCCCCAGCGCAGCCUGGAUCUAACAGAGAAAGACAAAAGCAGUUUUCAACUCCAACUGCAGCUUAACAAUCUACAACAUCAGGAAACACAGAAAGAAAAGGCAACUUGGCCUCCGGAUCCACCAACUACGACAGAAGCAAACCAGCUGCAACAUUCCUUCUUCUUGUCUCUUCUAAGUUCUCACACUUCCUUCAAAAUGAAGAUACUGAAAUGGACCUUGGGUAUGCUGUUGUUCCUACUGUUGUCUAUUGGGCGCUGUACAGAACCAUCGACCCUCAACAAAACAUCCCAACGGAGACAUCCUCGUUCCACAGAUGGUGGAGAGGAAGGGAGGAAAUGUGGUUACACCUUCUUGGUCCCAGAACAAAAAAUCACAGGGCCAAUCUGUGUGAAUAACGAACCAGGUACUGGUAACAGAAAAGAUGAAGUCACAAGAAUGGACAUAGAGAACUUGAAGGAUGUGCUGUCCAAGCAAAAACGUGAGAUUGACAUCUUGCAGUUGGUGGUAGACGUGGAUGGAAACAUUGUGAAUGAAGUAAAGUUGCUGAGGAAAGAAAGCCGUAACAUGAACUCUCGGGUCACUCAACUCUAUAUGCAACUCUUGCAUGAGAUAAUCCGAAAGCGCGAUAACUCACUUGAACUUUCCCAACUGGAAAAUAAAGUCCUCAAUGUAACAACAGAAAUGUUGAAGAUGGCAACAAAAUACAAGGAGCUUGAAGUAAAAUAUGCAGCACUGACUGACCUUGUAAAUAAUCAGUCUGUGAUCAUCUCCCUGCUGGAAGAGCAGUGCUUGAGAAUCUUCUCACGGCAGGACACCCAUGGGUCCCCGCCGCUUGUCCAAGUGGUGCCGCAGCACAUUCCCAACAGUCAGCCUUAUACUCCCGUUCUCCUGGGAGGCAAUGAGAUACAGAGAGACCCAGGGUACCCCAGAGACAGGGAUGUAAGGCCACCACCUGACCCAGCUACUUCUCCUACGAAGAGUCCCUUCAGAGUUCCACCACUGGCGUUAAUUAACGAAGGUCCGUUCAAAGACUGCCAACACGCCAAAGACGCUGGGUAUUCCAACAGUGGGAUUUAUAUGAUCAAAGCCGAAAACAGCAACGAACCAAUGCAGCUAUGGUGUGAGAACAGCUUAGACCCCGGAGGAUGGGCAGUUAUUCAGAAGAGAACAGAUGGAUCUGUCAACUUUUUCAGGAACUGGGACAGUUACAAGAAAGGAUUUGGAAACAUUGAUGGAGAGUACUGGCUGGGACUAGAAAAUAUUUACAUGCUUACCAAUCAGGAUAAUUACAGACUACUGAUUGAAUUAGAGGACUGGAGCAACAAGAAAGUCUAUGCAGAAUACAGCAGUUUCCGUCUGGAGCCCGAAAAUGAAUUCUACAGGCUACGCUUAGGAACAUACCAAGGAAACGCAGGCGAUUCCAUGAUAUGGCACAACGGAAAGCAAUUUACAACACUGGACAGAGACAGAGAUAUGUAUUCAGGAAACUGUGCUCAUUUCCACAAAGGGGGCUGGUGGUACAACGCGUGCGCACACUCCAAUCUGAACGGGGUGUGGUACAGAGGAGGCCACUACAGGAGCAAGUACCAGGAUGGAAUAUUUUGGGCUGAGUACCGGGGAGGUUCCUACUCCUUGAAAGCAGUUCAAAUGAUGAUCAGACCUAUAGACUGAGGAGGAAAAGUCCGCAGUGCUCAAGCCAGCAAGCAUAAACUUACUGGUGCUUGAGUUACAGAAAAAUAAAAUGUUACUUUCAAAUCA